AUGAGAUGGGGUGGCAGAUUUGAUGAGUCGUUCCUUGCUGGAGGAGAAUCAUUGUUUGAUGUCAAGCAGUGGAUUGCAGAGGAGUUGUCGUCUACCGUGAUUAUAGUAUUUGGAUCUGGUGGAGCUGCUUCAGAUUUUAGGUUGCUUCGAAUAUUUGGUCGCCCAACAUAUUGUUACAUCCAGGAUGUGAGAUUUGAUUCGAGUGCAUAUUUGGGAUUCAGAGUCAUGUUUGGCUAUCAGGUAUUGGACUCUGAUAUUGUUCUGAGCAGGUAUGUCAUAUUUAGCUCUCGACAGGUGGAGAGUAUUGGACAGAUCAUUGGGAUAUCACAGCAGAUUGAGGAUCAUGUUGAUGUGGAUGCAGAUGAUGAGUUAGUUGAUUCGAGUGUAGCUAGUGGAUACAGUUCAGAUUUGGCUAUGGCCGUUGGUUCAUCUCAGGUGGAGGUGUUCGGUUCGUUACAUUUUGGGGCCAUUGGGAGAGUCUCCCCCCACCGCCUCUCCCUCCCCUACCACCGCCGACGUGCCCAAGGUCCUUCUGAUCUGGCCCAAGGUCCUCCUGAUCUGGUCUUCUAUGGUUCGAGGACCGAGUUGCCGUCGAGGGCAACGCCGGAGUCAUUCACGGUGAUCAAUUUGCUGGAAUUGGAUUUCUCAAACAACUCAUUGUGGGGUCCGAUCCCAGCUGAGCUUGGGAAGCUUACUAACCUCACAUCAUUGGGCUUGUUCUCCAACAAUCUCACAGGCAAAAUUCCGCCUGAGAUUGGAAACAUGACUUCAUUGGGCUAUCUAGAUGUAAACACCAACCAAUUAGAAGGGGAGCUGCCCAGCACAAUUUCCCAGCUUGAAAACCUUCAAACUCUUCAGGUAUUUACCAACAAUUUCACAGGGGCUCUGCCUCAAGAUCUCGGUAAGCAUGGGCUCUUGGUUACUGCAAGCUUUUCGAACAAUAGCUUCUCGGGUCCGCUUCCACCUACUCUUUGCAGCGGCUUCAAACUUUAG